AUGGAAAGGAAGGGUUAUGUGGGAUUGGGAUUUGAGUCAGGUGAAGAUCUAGUUCAGUUAUCAGGCAACUGCGAAGACACUCACUCUUUACCUCAGGAAAUUGAGGAGUUCCUGGAGGAAUACUAUGAGAGACUUGAGUCAAGAACUCCAGCUGCACCAGAGCCACAGAGCUCUGUGCCUUUGACUGGCUGUGGUGAUGAGAGCCAACAUGAGUCCAUUCAGAGCCAGGUGACGACUCCUAUGAUUUCUGCAGAUUCUAAUAUCCCCGAGACAGUCCUUGACCAGAACUCAACAAUGUCCCCUGUCAAUGCCUUUGGCAUGCCCACUGGAGAACUAAGUGAAACUGCCUCCGUGGACCAGAAGGUGACCUCCUUUGAUCAGAGAAAACCCACAGCAACCUCCUCGAUGAUGGGUGUUACUGACAACCCAAAGACGUUGUUCACUGAUUGCCAAAAGACAACCAUCACUGCAAAUAACAUGACAGUCUCCAAAGAAGGUAGCCAGAUGAUCACCUUCAGUGGGGACCAGACCCGUUUUGGAUGCCAAAUCACCUUUAGUGGAGACCAGAUUCAUUAUGGAGGCCAGAUGCCCUUCGGCGGGGACCAGACCCGUUAUGGAGGCCAGAUGCCCUUCGGUGGGGACCAGACCCGUUAUAAAGGCCAGAUGCCCUUCGGUUGGGACCAGACCUGUUAUGGAGGCCAGAUGCCCUUCAGCGGGGACCAGACCCGCCAGGUGACAACAUACAGCCCUGACCAGACUCUCUAUGGGGGUCAGAUGGUGACCCUUAAGGAGGAACAGAUAAAAGCCUUCAAUCACGACCACACUCUCUAUGGAAGCCAUAUGAAGCCAAGUCAAUCGUCGUCAUUGCCAAACCCAGGAUUACCGCACUGUUCAAGUUCCCAUUUGACCCAAGGACAAUCCCUAGAAGAGCAGAAGUCAGAACUCAAAACCCAGAGUCGUCAGUUCAAGAAGAAUCUUAAGGUUUCAAAGCGCUUCUUUUGCAAGUACGAAGGCUGUGACAAGUCAUAUUCCAAGGUCUCCUAUCUCCAAAUCCACUAUCGCAACCACAUAGGCGAGAAGCCCUAUAAUUGCGAGUGGAAGGGAUGCACAUGGAAAUUCACCCGUUUAGAUGCGCUCAACAGACACAAAUCGAGGCACACUGGGGAGCGACCCCACCGGUGUCAUAUAUGCGACAAGCGUUUUAAGCGAUCUGAUCACUUAAAGCAGCACAUGAAAAGCCACCACUGACUCUAAACCUGAAUCCGUCAGUCUCCAAGGAAACAAGAUUCUCCCUACGAAGCCUUUGUUUGCUUAGCACCUAGCACCGUGCUGCCGCACUGU